AUGGAGUGGUGGUCGCAAAAGAUGAAGUAUCCGGUGCGAAAAUUUUGUAGCCGGGUCACUACCCGCCUCGGCAUUCACAAAUCAGGGCUACCGAGUCUACAACAUGAUAUAAGGAGUUGUGAGUACGAUGACGUGCAUGUGAUGUGGAGGAUGCUCAACCCAAAUGAGAAGACGAAGACGAUUCAAUUGGGAGGAAGCUCCAAGAAGAAACGUUUCUCGAAUUUAUCAAAUUGGUUUAAACGAACGCCUUUUGUUUGCCGUGCCUUUUGA